CUACGUAACUUCCUUGGUUAGUCCUGACUUCUGUUGUUGGUGAAGUUGCUCGUGGUAAUGGAAACGGCUUGGUAGAAGAUCAACAACAUUAGAGGAAGUACAGGAUUGCGACAUUUGUGCAGUGAAAUUAUGUGAAGAAAUGGAUACGCGUGAGAGUGAUCUGAUAUGUGUGCCAGGUCAGCGGCUCUGCCUGGCUGAUAAAGGGCAUAUCUCCGGCUGUGGAACUUAUGAGAGACAUGGUUAUAUUUACUCCGCACUGGCUGGAUUUGUCAACAUUGUUAAGAAAGACAAGUCGACCAUUAUAGAAGUUCGAAGUAUUAAUGAUCAGAGUAUUGUACCUGCUCCUGGGGACAUUGUCACAGCAAAGGUUGCACUGAUCAACCAGCGGUUUUGUAAAUGUGUCAUAAAAUGCAUCGGAGAUACUGUACUAUCAAGGCCUUACAGGGGAAUCCUUCGGAAAGAAGAUGUAAGAGCCACCGAAAAAGAUGGCGUUGAAAUGUAUAAAUGUUUUCGUCCUGGCGACAUUAUCCUUGCCAGAGUUCUACCAAUGACAGACAUUCACUCGUAUCAACUGUCAACUGCUGAAAAUGAACUCGGAGUUGUGAUAGCUCAUAGUGAAGCUGGUAUUGAGAUGGUACCUAUCAGCUGGACGCAGAUGCAGUGCCCAAAAACUUUUGUAAAGGAAUGGAGAAAAGUAGCAAAAGUUGUUCCAGAAGAUACAAUAGUAGACUGAGACAUUACAAAAUGGUUUCACUCUUGUUAUACCUUCUAUGAAGUUUAAACAUGACCAUUACUGUUGUGGUCACCAAUAUGACUGUGUAAUAUUUUACAUUGCUUUGUGUGUAGUUCUAAUAUACAAAUUUUUACUUUUGUAAGUA